AUGACUUUUUUACAUUUGUUGCACUGGAGUAAAGGCGAUGAGAAGCCUUUAAGCUUAAUCACAGAAGAAUUUUAUAAAGUGAUGUUUCUUUACGUGAAAUCAGAGUCUUUUAAAAAUGAUGAAGGUUUGAAGCAUUUAGAUUUAGCGAUCUCAUUUUAUGAUUUAGUAUAUUCCCUCAGCAAUUGUACAUUAAAUUCUUGA